AUGAGGUCUCCUUCUCUUGCACGGUUGCAGUACCGUGCGGUGUCUGGCCUGACCAGAGCCCCUCGUCUUCAGCCUCAGAGCCUGCUGCGCUCGCGAUGCGUAUCCACGGCCGCUCUGCGGUCCUCCGCUGUCGCGCCGGCUUAUCAGUCGGUUCUGAAGCAAUGGGAGCAGCGACGUAAUGCCUCUUCUACUGCCUCUGCAGUUCUCGAGGCCGCUGCAGCUAGCCCGGAGACCCUGUCGCAAGCCGCCAUUAUCGACAACCUCGACCCCGUGGAGGCUGCUCGCCUGGACAAAGUUCGCAACAUUGGUAUUGCGGCCCAUAUCGAUAGCGGAAAAACCACCUGCACCGAGCGAGUCCUUUUCUACACCGGUCGUAUCAAGGCUAUCCACGAGGUCCGUGGCCGCGACAGUGUCGGAGCCAAGAUGGACUCCAUGGAUUUGGAGCGUGAGAAGGGUAUUACUAUUCAGUCUGCUGCUACCUUCUGUGACUGGGUCAAGAAGGAUAAGGACGGCGUUGACCAGAAGUACCACGUCAACUUGAUUGAUACCCCCGGCCACAUUGACUUCACCAUCGAAGUCGAGAGAGCGCUGCGCGUUCUGGAUGGAGCCGUCUUGAUUCUGUGUGCCGUGUCCGGUGUCCAGUCCCAGACCAUUACCGUCGAUCGUCAAAUGCGCCGCUAUAACGUCCCCCGUAUUUCGUUUGUCAAUAAGAUGGACCGUAUGGGUGCCAACCCCUUCAAGGCCGUCGACCAGAUCAACUCCAAGCUCAAGAUGCCUGCUGCCGCUGUCCAGGUCCCCAUUGGUGCCGAGGACGAGUUCGAGGGUGUUGUCGACCUGAUCACUAUGAAGGCUCUCUACAACGUCGGCGAGAGUGGUGAGGACCUUCUGGAGAAGGAAAUCCCCGAGAAGUUGAUGGAUACCGUUGCUGAGCGCAAGGCCAUGCUCAUCGAGACUCUUGCUGAUGUUGAUGACGAGAUCGCCGAGCUGUUCCUCGACGAGAAGGAGCCCACCCCUGACCAGCUGAAGGCUGCCAUCCGCCGGGCUACUAUCAGCCUCAAGUUUACUCCCGUCUUCAUGGGAUCUGCCCUGGCCAACAAGUCCGUUCAGCCCAUGCUGGAUGGUGUUGUCGACUACCUCCCCAACCCCUCCGAGGUUGAGAAUCUUGCUCUUGACCAGAAGCGUAACGAGGCCUCUGUCAAGCUUGUCCCUUACAACGCUCUCCCCUUCGUCGGUCUGGCCUUUAAGCUCGAAGAGAGCAACUUCGGCCAACUGACCUAUAUCCGUGUAUACCAGGGUACUCUGCGCAAGGGUGCCAACGUGUUCAACGCCCGCAACAACAAGAAAGUCAAGGUUCCCCGUAUUGUGCGCAUGCACUCCAACGAAAUGGAGGAAGUCAGCGAAAUUGGUGCUGGUGAAAUCUGUGCCGUGUUCGGUGUUGACUGCGCUUCUGGUGACACUUUCACCGACGGUCAGCUGGGCUACAGCAUGUCUUCCAUGUUCGUUCCCGAGCCUGUCAUUUCCCUGUCCAUCAAGCCCAAGCAGACUAAGGAUGCUGCCAACUUCUCCAAGGCCAUGGCCCGUUUCCAGCGUGAGGAUCCGACCUUCCGUGUGACUUACGACAGCGAGAGUGAGCAGACCAUCAUCUCCGGAAUGGGCGAGCUGCACCUGGACAUCUACGUCGAGCGUAUGCGCCGUGAGUACCGCGUUGACUGCGAGACCGGUCAGCCCCAGGUCGCCUACCGUGAGACCAUCGGCAACCGUGUCGACUUCGACCACCUGCUCAAGAAGCAGACCGGUGGUGCUGGUGACUACGCCCGUGUCAUGGGCUGGAUGGAGCCCACCGGCUCCCUUGACGAGAACAAGUUCGUCGAGGAGAUCGUCGGAGGCUCCAUCUCCGAGAAGUUCCUGUACGCUUGCGAGAAGGGUUUCAACCUGUCCUGUGAAAAGGGUCCUCUGAUCGGCCACAAGGUCCUGGGUACCCGCAUGGUCGUCAACGACGGUGCCACCCACAUGACUGAUUCUUCCGAAAUGGCCUUCAAGAAUGCUACCCAGCAGGCCUUCCGCAAGGCCUUCAUGGACAGCCAGCCCGCUGUCCUGGAGCCGCUCAUGAAGACUGUUGUUACCGCCCCCUCCGAGUUCCAGGGUGAUGUCAUUGCCCUACUGAACAAGCGCGGUGCCACCAUCAACGACACCGAGACUGGCGUCGACGAGUUCACCAUCUACGCCGACUGCAGUCUGAACGGCAUGUUCGGCUUCAGCACCAACCUCCGCGCCGCCACCCAGGGUAAGGGUGAAUACACAAUGGAGUUCAGCCACUACGAGAAGGCUCCUCCGCAGGUCCAGAAGGAGCUCAUCGCCAAGUACAUCAAGGCUCAGGCCGAGCGCAACAAGAAAUAA